ACCGGAGCCGGCCCAACCUUCCGCCCGCGAGCUAAACCCGACCAAGGGGAAAGCAGGGCCACCGUAAGCGCCUCCUCUCCCCGCUCCGAUCCGGAUCUCCCCAUCCAUUCCGGCGAGCCCUCGCCGCGUCGCUUCCACGCGACCCUACCUCCUAAAUAAAUUCAACAUCCCCGCCGCUGCUCCCGUCAAACCCCGAAUACCAUCUGACUACUUCCUCCUCUGCCCGCGCCGCCUCCCGAGCCCAACAAACCCUAGGCGACGCCCAUGGACUUCGAGGCCGACGGCCGCUUCGGCAACAAGCGCGUGCACAACCGCCUCGGACCGGCGCCCGGCGCCGCCUCUUCGUCUUCCUCUACCAAGGUCUGCAUCCAUUGGCGCGCUGGGCGAUGCAAUCGCUUCCCCUGCCCCUUCCUCCACAGCGAGCUCCCUGAGGCGGCCACCACCAAGCGCCCGAACCAAAGGGAUGGCCCUGGUGGGCACGUCUGGCGUAACCCCAACUCAGGAGGAGGGGGGCGCGGCGGCGGCGGUGGCUACAACAAAUGGGGGAGGGGCCCCGGAGGUGCAGACGGUGGCGUGAGGCACAAGGUGCCCGACCGGCCCUGCAAGUUCUUCCUCGCCGGAGACUGCACCUACGGCGAGAAGUGCCGCUACCCCCACACAUAUUGCAUGAGCAAUAGCAUCACGCUGCUCACCCCUCUCCAGGGCCACGAGAAGGUUGUGACAGGGAUCGCACUGCCUGCUGGGUCAGACAAGCUGUAUUCUGGGAGUAAGGAUGGAACGGUGCGCCUUUGGGAUUGUCAAACUGGACAGUGUGCUGGUGUCCUCCCCGUGGGGGGUGAGGUUGGGUGCAUGAUCAGCGAGGGGCCAUGGGUGUUUGUUGGAAUACCUGAUGCUGUGAAGGUUUGGAAUAUGCAAACUCAAGCAGAAAUGAACCUUACCGGGCCGACUGGACAAGUCUAUGCACUUGCAGUUGGCAAUGAGCUACUCUUUGCGGCAACACAGGAUGGAAGGAUUUUGGCAUGGAGAUUUAGCGCCGUGACAAAUUGUUUUGAGCCAGCUGCUUCUCUUACCGGGCACCAGCUUGCUGUUGUUUCGUUAAUAGUAGGAGGCAUGAGACUUUACUCUGGCUCAAUGGAUAAAACCAUUAGAGUAUGGGAUCUAGCAACGUUGCAGUGCAUACAGACUCUUUCUGAUCAUACGAAUGUAGUUAUGUCUCUACUAUGCUGGGAUCAGUUUCUGUUAUCUUGUUCUUUGGAUCAAACAAUAAAAGUCUGGGCAGCUACAGAAAGUGGAAACUUAGAAGUAACAUAUACACACAAAGAGGAGAAUGUACACUGCAAGGAGCUGUUGGUGCUGUUGUUCGUGAUGGCUCGGGGAAAUUUAUAGCUGCUGCUAACAGCCGUAUGGAAUGGUGCUCUGAUGUGCUAACAGCCGAGGUCACAGCAAUGAAGCAUGGGCUGAACCUAGCACAAUCCUUAGGAUGAAAUCGAUUGCUUGUCAACUUGGAUUGCUUGGAUGUAAUCUCGGCGCUGAAGGAUUUGCUGGAGUAGGCGCGGCGAUCUUUGAUGACUGCUAUCACAUUGCUUAUGAAUUCCUACAAAUUCAGUUCGAGCAUUGCUAUAGAUAAGCAAAUUUUGCUGCUCAUGAACUUGCUAGGCUAGCUAGGUUCUCACUGACUACUAGUGUAUGGAUGGACAAUCAUUGGCAUCUAGUGUUCCUUUGCUUGUAAGUGAUGUAACACUUACUACCAAUGAAUGAGAAGGAAUGAUGAUUUCAGAAAACCACCUUGACAAAGAGAUUGCUGCUCCUGAAAAGGAAGAACUACGUAAAACAAGAAGCUUCAGUAAGCCAACCGACAUCUUCAUAGAGGCUUACCUUUCUUCAUAGCCACCAGCAUUGAAAUAUACCUAAGAGUCUUCAUCAAGAGUAUGUUUGAGAACAGUAGGAUACCUUUCUCCGAUUCUUAACAGUUUGAUCCUUUACUGGACUGAGUGAAGUGCCCUAUAGAAGAGUUGCAGAUUGCAUGCAGUUCAAGUUGUAUUCACUGACCAUAUUGUUUCUUGUAACCUUCCACCUAGCCACCACCUUAAA